AUGUUCUCCUCCCUUAAAAGCGCGGCCCUCGUCGGUCUCGUCGCCCUCUCAUCACUGGGCGCUGUCUCCGCAAAAGGCGCCUUGGGCGUCAAGGCUGCCAAGGUCUCUGUCACCUCGCCCGAUGGUCUCAACGACGCGACAUAUACUCUGAAAGAGCCCGCUCCCAUCUCAGCACCCAUCGACCUCUCUGAAUCCUCCAUCUUCAAGCUUUCAUUCACUGUCGUCGACACCGUGUCUGGCGAGUCGGUCUACCCUCAACAAGCUUCGCUGCUGUUUGAAGAUCCCAAGGGAGACGAUGUCACUCUUCCAGUGACUGUCAAGAGCAAUGGCAAAGCUCAGCUUACCAUCAACGCUGCCAAACCCCACCCAGCCCUCCUCCCCACCCACGGCAAGUUCCACCUCACCCUACUCCUCUCCGCCUUGGACGAAUACGCCCCUCUCGCCUACCCCUUGGGCGAGCUCUCCUUGCCGUCUUCGGUCCUCCAGCCUAUUCCUAGGAAGCGACACGACCUGCCCGCUAGGGCGGGCGAGCCUGCGUUCCAGCCUGAGCAGGAGCUGUUCCACACUUUCAGUGAAAAUCCCAAGACUGUUGGAUGGUUGAAGAGUGGAAGCGGGGUUGCGAUCACGCUCGCGCCUUGGGGGUUGCUUUUCGCUUUGGUCGGCAAGCUUUCUCCCUCCCUCAGCUUGCAGACCCCCGCCGUCUCUUCCGUCAUCUUCCUGAUAGUACUCGCUGCCAUUGAGACGCUUAUCUUUGUCUACUGGGUUGGACUCAAGUUGUACCAACUCUUUCCCCCUUUCCUCGCUCUCUGCGCCAUCGCCGCUUACACCGGUCUGGUCGCUCUUCGGGAGAUGCGCGUGCAAAGACUGAAGGCGGGCGGUGUGCCUUAG